AGGGACUUGGAUUUGGUGAGAAGACUGUACCUAUAUAUAUAUUCACAUCUCCUACGUGCUCUGAUUGUCUUUGUCCAAAAUUCACAACACUUGACACUAUUUGUUUCGUUGUUUUGUUUGUUGUGAUCGAUACGAAAGAUAAUCCUUCGCGUGUUUGUUCAAGCGAAAGUGCAUAAAGCCAACCCUUCUGUUUGAUCAAUACAUUGUAGUUCAUUGUUGCAAUAUUAGUACCAACUAUACCACCAUGAGAGACCACGACAUACUGUGUUGUGAGACCGAUUUCUGGGUGUUCAUAGUCAUAUGUGUGGUCCUUGUGGCAUUUGCCGGCAUUGCAUCAGGCCUUGCCUUAGGACUCCUCUCCUUCAGCCAAGUCGAUCUCGAAGUCCUCAUUAAGUCCGGUCAGCCUCAAGACCAGAAGGAUGCAGCGAAGGUUCUGCCGCUUGUUAAGAAUGAACAUCUACUUUUAUGUACUCUCCUCAUAGGAAAAUCGCUGGCAAUGGAGGCGCUUCCCAUUUUCCUGGAGUCGCUUCUUCCCUUUUGGGCUGCGAUUCUUGUGUCAGUCACCCUUGUACUCGCAUUUGCGGAGGUCAUUCCUCAAGCUGUAUGUUCUCGAUAUGGACUACAUCUGGGUGCGAAAAUGACUCACUUGGUACGAUUGCUUAUUGUGGUUUUCCUCCCCCUAUCGUAUCCUUUCAGUAAGCUGCUGGAUUGCCUCCUUGGCAAAGGGCAUUCGGCGCUCUUAAGACGAGCAGAGCUAAAAACAUUGGUGGAUCUGCAUGCCAAUGAGGCUGGGAAAGGUGGAGAGUUAUCGCAUCACGAAACGAUGAUUAUUGGUGGUGCUCUGGAUUUGACUUUCAAGACUGCUAAAGAUGCAAUGACUCCCAUAUCUCAGACUUUCUCUCUUGAUAUCAAUUCAAAACUCGACAAGAAUACACUUGGUUUAAUAGCGAGCAAAGGUCACAGUCGUAUACCUAUCUACUCCGGAACCCCAACAAACAUUAUUGGCCUCAUUCUGUUGAAGAACUUGGUCUUCAUCCGUCCUGAGGACAAAAAGACAAUUAAAUACUGGACUAUCAGAAAGAUUCCAAGGGUCUAUGAGGAUUGGCCUUUAUACGAUAUACUGCAUCAGUUCAAGAAAGGUCAUAGUCAUAUGGUUGCUGUGGUGAAGAGUAACAAGGAUAUUAAUUCAAAACUAGCAGGGAGUGGAGGAUUAAUUUUUCCACAAGAGCAAGAGCGUCUGAGCACUUCCGAGGACAUGUCAUCACCUCUAUGUUCAAGUGAAACUGCAUACAGUAUUCCUGCAUCAAAGCAUGUUGUGGAGGAAGCACAAGAGUUGGAGACACAAAAUACGCAACAGAGGCAAGGAUUGCGGACGCAAAAUGUAUCAUCUGAAAUUAUUGAAUCUGUUCAAAGUUGCAUGGACGAGGAGGUUAUUGGUAUCAUAACAAUGGAGGAUGUUAUGGAGGAACUGCUGCAGGAAGAUAUACUGGAUGAAACAGAUGAAUAUGUCGAUGUUCACAAGAAAAUCAAAAUCAACCUCCUACCAUUUUCAGGAAGAUCAUCACCCUCAAAAUCUCCAAGAAAAUCUGCGCCUCUAAUUUAUUGGAGAACUCCACAGCAGUCUCCACUGUCUUCAUACAGCACUCCUGCAGCCGGGUCUCCCCUCCUGCCAUAUUCAAGAAGGUCAUCAGCCCCAAAAUCUCCAAGAAAAACUGCGUCUCCGAUUUAUUGGAGAACUCCAGAGCCGUCUCCACUGUCUACAUACAGCACUCCUGCAACCGGGUCUCCGAUUUAUCCAUAUAAUCGACAAUCUUUUAUAAGACCUGCCCUGCAUGCAUCCGCAGGCCCGGUUCGCAGCUGUCCAUCCUCGCAUCGAGCCUCAAGAAAAUCGGAUGAUGAGAAGCUGCAAAACCCCAGUGACCAUAAAGUUUACAGGUGGUAAUUUUAAUUAAAGUAAAUUAGUUAUGGAACGUAACAAAAUUUUCUUUAGGUUUAUUCUUAAUCUGUAAUUAUAUAGUAUGUUGUGCAUGCUAUUUGCAACAUGCAACAGUAGAAAAAGUAGUUGAUGAUAUAUAUUUAUA